UCUCUACCUCUGGCACUCUUUUUCUCUCUAUUACUCUCUCUCAGUCAAACAGAGGAUUCUCCAUAGCCAGCUGUAGGUUAAUGUGAGCCUCACUUCGCAUCAUUGUUUCACUGAUGCUCUCUUUGUUUUUCAUUUUUUUCUCUUCUGACUGAAUUUCUGACGAUUCUGACAUUCUGUGCUCGGAUGCUUCUAAGGUGCACGAAGAGUAGAGGGAACGGGAGAGAACUUUUAAGACUGCUAUCAGUGGACCUUCCUCUUGAAUCAAGACGCGUCAGAUUGGUUGAUUUGCUGUCGAGAGACCCGUCACAGCGGAGGGGUUUUGGUUGUAACUGAUGACUCAUUUAGGUCAUUUUCCUCCUUCAGGACCGCUGGAUAUAGAUUUCUUUUCCUUUGCUGCACCUGUAGGUUUCCUUUCUAACACUCUGUGGGGACUUUUAUGGAGUGUGAAAUCUGUGCAGCAAGUGUGAAGUUUGACAGAGUAUGGCCAGUGGAACCACAGCUGAGUGUUGAACUGCUUCUGUCCAGGAAGGCAGUCCAGACAUGACAACUGUGUCCAUGGAGCCUGUAGGAGUCCUGGUGGAAAGGGGCGCCAAUGCAACCGACCCUCCUCUGAACUCGCUUGAAGAUACAGCCGCCACCUUCACCAUUGGAACCAUCCUCUCCAUUAUGUGCCUCAUUGGAGUCUCCGGGAACAUCUACACCCUGGUGGUCAUGUGUCACUCCAUGAGGUCUGCAGCCUCCAUGUACAUCUACAUCAUAAACUUAGCUUUAGCAGAUCUACUGUAUCUUCUCACCAUCCCCUUUGUAGUCUGCACACACUUCCUAAAGGGAUGGUACUUUGGGGAUGCAGGGUGUCGGAUUCUGAUAAGCAUGGACUUCCUGACCAUGCAUGCGAGCAUCUUUACUCUGACAAUCAUGAGCACGGAACGCUACUUUGCGGUGCUCAAGCCCCUCGACACAGUGAAACGAUCGAAAAGUUACCGGAAAGCUAUUGCCCUACUCGUGUGGGCAGCGUCUCUAAUCCUCACCCUACCGAUGAUUGUGAGCAUUCAGCUGAUGGCAGUGGGCACCAAGUCUAUGUGUCAGCCCACUUUGUCACCCCUCUCCUACAAGAUUUACAUCUCCUUCCUGUUUUGCACUAGCAUUGUUGCCCCUGGACUGAUUAUUGGCUAUCUUUACAUCCAGCUUGCACGUACUUAUUGGAUUUCACAGACAGAGACAUUCAAGCAGACCAAAAAAUUACCAAAUCAAAAGGUGCUGUACUUGAUCUUCACCAUCGUGCUCCUAUUCUGGGCAUGCUUCCUGCCCUUCUGGAUCUGGCAGCUGCUGGAUCAAUUUCACCCCACACUGUCUCUGUCCACCAAAGCCAAACGCAACAUCAACUAUCUGACCACAUGCCUGACGUACUCCAACAGCUGCAUCAACCCAUUUCUCUACACACUGCUCACCAAGAACUACAAGGAGUACCUGAGGAAGAACAAGCGCUUGUGGACAACUGGCAACUACUUCAACAGGAGUCGCCGUUUUCAGCGUUCGCCGCGCAGAUCGCCAUCUGCCAGCAGUCAGCAGUGCACCGAGAGCUUCAUGCUUACGCAUACAGCAUCACUACGAGCUCAUAACAGCAGUCUGUGAGAUAUGACAGAGCUGUGAAAGGAGACGAAAAGAAAAGACCCCACUGGAGACGCAAACGGGAGCAGAGCCUGGACGUGACGUCGCUCCAUUCGACCACAAGUGAAAACAAAGACAACGAAGAGUGUUUGUUUUGUCAAUAUCUGCGGACACAAUUGUGUUGAAGGAACACCAGGAGGAACCAAAUCUGAACUUGGUUGUUGCUGCUGGACACAAUGUACAAAAGAGAACCUUCCCCCCUCACAUGUAUAUUCAUCUCUCACAGCGUCUUAAAAACAGAGGCUUGUCAGCUUGUUUUCAUGCUCACCUUCUGUCCGUGCACUGGGGUCAGCCUGCAUGCAAAAAGCUGUUAUUUCCCAGUGCCUGAGAGAUGUGUACAGUACAUGCUGGUGACGCACAAGUGGAGGAAAAACAGGAACUGUGGGUUUGAUUUGUAUUAAAAAAAAAAAAACAACUGUAAAAACAAUGUAAUUAUGAUGG